CAACCUUCCUCCUGACCUACCAGGUCGGUUUGCAUCUCCCCACCAUCCCUUGCUCUCUUCUCCAUCAUACGCGUAUCCUGACAUCUUUGGGGCGCUAGCACACUGCAAGUCUCUAUAUCGACGGCUCCGCUAUGAGCCUGCAAACAGUGGCAAGAGGUUCCGGGACCAACGCGAGGAAGCGGCUUCGCUCGAACUCGAGUAAUCGUGCGGAGUUAGUGGACUUGACCGCGACAGAGAUCCGACCUGACAACUCGCUGUGGUUCCCGGACGGCAACGUAACUAUCAUCGCCGCCGAUUCCGUCGGCUUUCGCGUUUACGGAGGGCUGUUGGCUCGCCACUCGGAGGUCUUCCGCGCCAGGAUCUUUGGCCCAGCAACGGCAGCAGACGCGUCGGCGCUGGAUUCGCGGAGCGAUGUUCGUGACGAGGUGUUCUCACUCGAUCAGUGGCCAUCCGACGCCGUUCGACUCCUUCUGCGGAUUGUCGUGUUAGGAGAAUCGUGGCCUGCCGUAUUGCCAUUCGCUAUGGUCGCCGCGCUGGUCCGCCUCAGCCAUGAAUACUGGAUCAAAGACGUGCUGAAGGAAGGCCUUGCGCGCAUCAGAAGCUGCUUCAGUGAUACCUUUGACGUCUGGGACGAAGCGAUCAAGAAAAUGCGAAGCCGUACCAUGACCUUCGUCGUGACAGACGCAAUCGCAGCGGUGAACAUCGCACGCCUGACUGGCGAACACCGUAUCUUGCCAGUGGCCCUGUACAUGUGCUGCCAGCUCGACCCCGAUGACCUAUUGCGUGGUCUCGGCGCCGAGUGCGACAAAGACUACCUGAGUCGUGCUGAUAUCAUGCGAUGUCUGCAUGCCCAAAAGGAACUUUGCCGCCGCAACAUCGACGUGGCGAUGGCGAUUUGGGAAAUUUCCAACGACUCGGAGGGAUGGCACGAACCGUGCCUCACCAACCUGAACGCGAUCGCAGCGAGCUACUGCAUAUACCAGAAGAUCGGGGUUUCGCCUCACGACGCAUUGCGAGACUGGGAUAGCAUCAUCAAGGAGGUCACGGGCGGAUGUUGCACCCACUGCAUUGCCAGGUUGAAGCAGAAGGCAGUCAGGGCGCGAUGGUAUGUGUGGGGAAGGCUCCCUGAGAUUGUGGACUGCGGUACUGCUUGGAACAUGAUGACUCAGACCGCCAUGAUACAUAGUCGUCCAGCGUGAAUAAUCGCUACACCGUCUUCGACUGGUGCGACGAAAGUAGCGGUACUUGUUAGAUAGGCACGGCAAUGAAGUGAGACUGUACGAUAGACUCUGAUGAUCGUGUAUGAAUUUAUGAAUCCUUGGCUUGGGGUGACUGGUCGCUCGACUUGAAUGUUACUCUUUGCCUUGAGGGUAUGAAAAUGAGUAGUGAUUGCU